UGACAUCACCACUUCCGGAUAUUUCACUAAACAGAAUACAGGCCUCUAUUUCCAACGUAUCGUUUGGCCCAGACAUAAAAGAGAAACUUAAAAUGCUUAAGUCCAACUCCUCUCCAGGCUUACAUGGAAUCUCGUCUUUUCUUUUAAAGUCUUGUACUGACACUCUCUGUUAUCCCAUUUCCCGUAUAAUGACCUCCUACUUUAAUUUUUACAUCUUACCAUCUAUAUGGAAGACUGCGUCAGUGACUGUCAGAUUCAAAAAGGACAAUAAGCUUGAUCCAAAUAACUAUAGACCGAUAAGCCUUCGCCUAAUAGCUUAUAAAGUAAUGGAGUCCAUAAUGAUAAGGUAACUGACUUACUUGUAAACGAACGUGUACUUCUCACCCAACAACAUGGAUUUAUCAGAGGACGAUCUACCUUAACUAAUAUCCUGCAGUCUGUUAGUGACUGGACAAAAGCCUUAGGUCUUCCUA